CGAUAGGGAGAAUUUGCGUUUAGGUUAGUGAAAUUGGUGUAGGGUUUGUCGAUGUUCUUCGUCUUCGAUUAGAUUCAUGAGUUUCAAUACAGUUUUCGGUGGGAAUUCGUCGAGCUCAUGGAGCAGUCGACGUCAGUGCGAUGAAUGGGAGAAUAAUCCAAAGUUUUGUGCGUGCGAAGGUAAAAAGUGUAGGGCUUCCUUGAUGACAUCAUGGACAGAAGAUAACCCCGGUAGGAGGUUCUACGGUUGUCGGAAUUGGAAGACAAAAAAUUGUGGUUAUUUUGAUUGGAUGGACGAACCUAUGAGUGAAAGAGCAAAGGAAGUUAUCAAUGACUUGAAAAGGGAGAAUCUCAAGCUCUUGAAGUUCAAGGAAAGCUCAAGGUCAAGCAUUGAUGUGGAUAGUGAAAUUGCUAAGCUUUGGGAUGUUUUGCAAGCUUUGAAAGAAGAAUCAAGGAAGAUAAGGAAGAAAAGUAGAUUUAUGACAUACAUCUUGCUUGGCUCUUGGUUGAUGUUUGUAUAUUUCGCUCUAGCUUAGUUUAGUUUGUCUAUGUAGCUUGAUCUUGCUUGGCUCUCGGCACCUAUCUUUUUUAUGAAAUGAUAGGCAUUGUCAUUUUGGUUCAUUUUGGUUCUUGGUUGAUGUAAGAUAAGCAUUUCAUGUAAUAUAUUUUUCCUAUGAAAUGAAGUAUAUAUUUGCCUAUUGAAUGAGGCAUAUUUCAUGUAUUA